AUGCUGCGGUAUAAGAAUUCCUUGCUGGAAAGAAUCUUGCUUGAGAAAGGCAUCGAUGUCCAGGCUGAGCUGCGGUUGAAGACAGGGACACCCGGCGGCCCUCAACCGAAACCCGUCAUGGCCCCCAAGCCACCAACAACGCUGGAGCGGGCCGCGGUGAAUCGGAACUCAGUCCAGAGGCAUCCCCAGGCCGGGAUCGCUCCCAAGUCGGCAGAAUCUUUCGGUCUCCCGCAGCAUCGCGACGGUGCAUAUGGCAUGCCGUCGCCCCAGUUCCAGGCCACACCACCAUCCCACGUUUCGUCGCCGUCGCACACCAAGUCGCCCGGUUUUGGCUUCCAGGGUGCUAUGUCUCCUAUUGGGAUGGACGCCCAGGUCCAACAACAACAGGGACGAUCCCAGUUGCUUCCGCAAUCAAGGAACCUCAAUCAAGCAUCUCCUCCCAUGGGGUUGCAGCAGUCUGAUAACGACCCCAAGGCACUGCCGGGGUCACGGAAUUCUCGAGUUCCGUCAGCGGCAUAUUAUCCCUCGCCAUUCCAGAAGCACUAUGAUCAACUAGAGCAAGAAUACGAUGCCCAAGCGGACCUCGUCGACGAAGACCAGGACUCGGUAGAUCCGUCGUCUUACGUGCCCGGUUUCAACCCUUCGUCUGGUGCAAGUGGUUCUCACGCUGUCGGGUCUCACGCCCUCUCGACUUUCACACCACAAUCCGAAGCAUCCAACGGUGCAUAUGGUAAUAGCAACCAGAUGUUGGGCAAUUACGAACCGAUGCUGGACGCAGAUCCGUUUGGAUUGAGUGCGAGCAUGCACUUCCAGACACCUUUUAGCUACGAACAAACCCACGCCCGUCACUAA